AUGGUGGACAUCCUCCUCCCGCGGCCGCUCCCGGGCGCCAUGGGGGAGCCCUCCAAGAGGCGGCCGGGGCUGGCCCUGUGCGCGGGCUGCGGGGGCCGCAUCCAGGACCCCUUCCUGCUGCGGGUGUCGCCGGACCUGGAGUGGCACGUCGCCUGCCUCAAGUGCGCCGAGUGCGGGCAGCCCCUGGACGAGACCUGCACAUGCUUCCUGCGCGACGGCAAGGCCUACUGCAAGCGGGAUUACAGCAGGCUCUUCGGCAUCAAGUGCGCCCAGUGCCGGGCGGCCUUCAGCAGCAGCGACCUGGUGAUGCGCGCCCGCGACCACGUCUACCACCUGGAGUGCUUCCGCUGCGCCGCCUGCGGCCGCCAGCUCCUGCCCGGCGACCAGUUCUGCCUGCGGGAGCGCGACCUGCUCUGCCGCGCCGACCACGGGCCGCCCCCCGACGGUGCCGCCGCCCGCGGGCCGCGCAGCCCCGCGCUGCCGCCGCCCGCCGCCGCGCACCUCGCAGAGCCCGUGCCCGGGCGGCCGCCCGCCCCGCGGCCGCCGGCGCACAAGGCGGCGGAGAAGACCACCCGCGUGCGGACGGUGCUGAACGAGAAGCAGCUGCACACGCUGCGGACCUGCUACGCCGCCAACCCGCGCCCCGACGCCCUGAUGAAGGAGCAGCUGGUGGAGAUGACGGGGCUCAGCCCCCGCGUCAUCCGCGUCUGGUUCCAGAACAAGCGCUGCAAGGACAAGAAGAAGUCCAUCCUCAUGAAGCAGCUCCAGCAGCAGCAGCACAGCGACAAGACGAGCCUGCAGGGCCUCACCGGGACGCCGCUGGUGGCCGGCAGCCCCAUCCGCCACGAGAGCGCCGUGCAGGGCAGCGCCGUGGAGGUCCAGACCUACCAGCCGCCCUGGAAGGCGCUCAGCGAGUUCGCCCUGCAGAGCGACCUGGAGCAGCCCGCCGCCUUCCAGCAGCUGGUCUCCUUCUCCGAGUCCGGCUCCUUGGGCACCUCCUCCGGCAGCGACGUGACCUCGCUGUCCUCCCAGCUCCCCGACACUCCCAACAGCAUGGUGCCCAGCCCGGCCGAGACGUGA